AUGGCUGAAGUAAACCAGGAUGUGUCUGAUAGGGGUGAACAGUUUGCAAAGCCCCAUCAGUGGGUUGCUGUCGUGGAAGCAGACCAUUGCGGUGGCUGUACUUUUGAUGAUGGUCCAGGGGCCUGUGAUUACCACCAGGAUCUAUAUGAUGACUUCGAAUGGGUACAUGUUAGUGCCCAAGAACCUCAUUAUCUGCCACCUGAGAUGCCUCAAGGUUCCUAUAUGAUAGUGGACUCUUCAGAUCAUGACCCUGGAGAAAAAGCCCGACUUCAGCUGCCUACAAUGAAGGAGAACGACACUCACUGUAUUGAUUUCAGUUACCUGUUAUAUAGCCAGAAGGGGUUGAAUCCUGGCACUUUGAACAUAUUAGUUAGGGUGAAUAAAGGACCUCUUGCCAAUCCAAUUUGGAAUGUGACUGGAUUCACGGGUAGAGAUUGGCUUCGGGCUGAGCUAGCAGUGAGCACCUUUUGGCCCAAUGAAUAUCAGGUAAUAUUUGAAGCUGAAGUCUCAGGAGGAAGGAGUGGUUAUAUUGCCAUUGAUGACAUCCAAGUACUGAGUUAUCCUUGUGAUAAAUCUCCUCAUUUCCUCCGUCUGGGGGACGUGGAGGUCAAUGCAGGGCAGAACGCUACAUUUCAGUGUAUUGCUACAGGGAGAGAUGCUGUGCAUAACAAGUUAUGGCUGCAGAGACGAAACGGAGAAGAUAUACCAGUGGCCCAGACCAAGAACAUCAAUCACAGAAGAUUUGCUGCUUCCUUUAGAUUGCAGGAAGUGACCAAAACUGACCAGGAUUUGUAUCGCUGUGUAACUCAGUCAGAACGAGGCUCCGGUGUGUCCAAUUUUGCUCAACUUAUCGUAAGAGAACCACCAAGACCCAUUGCUCCACCCCAGCUGCUCGGUGUUGGGCCUACAUACUUGCUGAUUCAGCUGAAUGCCAACUCCAUCAUUGGGGAUGGUCCCAUUAUCCUGAAAGAAGUGGAGUACCGAAUGACGUCAGGAUCCUGGACAGAGACGCAUGCCGUCAAUGCUCCAACUUACAAAUUAUGGCAUUUGGAUCCAGAUACUGAAUAUGAGAUCCGUGUUCUGCUUACAAGACCUGGUGAAGGUGGAACGGGGCUCCCAGGACCUCCUCUAAUCACGAGAACCAAAUGUGCAGAACCUAUGCGAACCCCAAAGACUUUAAAGAUUGCUGAGAUACAGGCAAGACGCAUUGCUGUGGACUGGGAAUCCUUGGGUUAUAACAUUACUCGGUGCCACACUUUUAAUGUCACUAUCUGCUACCAUUACUUCCGUGGUCACAAUGAGAGCAAGGCAGACUGUUUGGACAUGGACCCCAAAGCCCCUCAGCAUGUUGUGAACCAUCUGCCACCUUAUACAAAUGUCAGCCUCAAGAUGAUCCUAACCAAUCCAGAAGGCAGGAAAGAGAGUGAAGAGACGAUUAUUCAAACUGAUGAAGAUGUGCCUGGCCCUGUACCAGUCAAUUCUCUUCAAGGAACAUCUUUUGAAAAUAAAAUCUUCUUGAACUGGAAAGAACCUUUGGAUCCAAAUGGAAUCAUCACUCAAUAUGAGGUCAGCUACAGCAGCAUAAGAUCAUUUGAUCCUGCAGUUCCAGUGGCUGGACCUCCCCAGACUGUAUCAAAUUUAUGGAACAGCACCCACCAUGUCUUCAUGCAUCUGCAUCCUGGAACCACCUACCAGUUUUUCAUAAGAGCCAGCACAGUCAAAGGCUUUGGGCCAGCCACAGCCAUCAAUGUGACCACCAAUAUCUCAGCUCCAACUUUACCGGACUAUGAAGGAGUCGAUGCCUCUCUCAAUGAAACGGCCACCACAAUAACUGUAUUGUUGAGACCAGCACAGGCCAAAGGGGCACCAAUCAGUGCCUAUCAGAUUGUUGUGGAGGAGUUGCACCCACACCGAACCAAGAGAGAAGCUGGAGCCAUGGAAUGCUACCAGGUUCCUGUUACAUACCAAAAUGCCCUGAGUGGGGGUUCUCCAUACUACUUCGCUGCGGAACUACCCCCAGGGAAUCUUCCUGAACCUGCCCCAUUCACAGUGGGCGACAACAGGACCUAUCAGGGCUUUUGGAACCCUCCUUUGGCUCCACGCAAAGGAUACAACAUCUACUUCCAGGCAAUGAGCAGUGUGGAGAAGGAAACUAAAACCCAGUGUGUACGAAUCGCUACAAAAGCAGCAGCAACAGAAGAACCAGAAGUGAUUCCAGACCCAGCCAAGCAGACAGACAGAGUGGUGAAAAUAGCAGGAAUUAGUGCUGGAAUUCUGGUGUUCAUCCUCCUCCUCCUAGUUGUCAUACUCAUUGUAAAAAAAAGAUAUAUAUGUUGGAGAAGACACAGCUGCAUUAGAAACAUUAGGAGGAGCUACUAUUCUUACUCCUACUACCUCAAGCUUGCUAAAAAACGCAAAGAUGUUAUGGGCAACACCCGACAGGAGAUGACUCACAUGGUGAACGCCAUGGACCGAAGUUAUGCUGAUCAGAGCACCCUGCAUGCAGAAGACCCGCUUUCCAUCACGUUCAUGGACCAGCAUAAUUUCAGUCCAAGAUUGCCCAAUGAUCCACUUGUGCCGACUGCUGUGUUAGUCCCUAUAACCGAUGAGAACCACAGUGCUACAGCUGAGUCCAGUCGUCUUCUAGAUGUACCUCGCUACCUCUGUGAGGGGACAGAAUCCCCUUACCAGACGGGUCAGCUGCACCCAGCCAUCAGGGUUGCCGACUUAUUGCAGCACAUUAAUCUCAUGAAGACAUCAGACAGCUAUGGGUUCAAAGAGGAAUACGAGAGCUUCUUUGAAGGACAGUCAGCAUCUUGGGAUGUAGCUAAAAAAGAUCAAAAUAGAGCAAAAAAUCGAUAUGGAAACAUUAUAGCAUAUGACCACUCCAGAGUAAUUCUGCAACCUGUUGAAGAUGAUCCUUCUUCAGAUUACAUUAAUGCCAACUACAUAGAUAUUUGGCUGUACAGGGAUGGCUACCAGAGACCAAGCCACUACAUUGCAACUCAAGGCCCAGUUCAUGAAACAGUAUAUGAUUUCUGGAGAAUGAUCUGGCAAGAACAGUCUGCCUGCAUUGUGAUGGUUACAAAUUUAGUUGAGGUUGGCCGGGUUAAAUGCUAUAAGUAUUGGCCUGAUGAUACUGAAGUUUAUGGUGAUUUCAAAGUCACUUGUGUGGAAAUGGAACCACUUGCUGAAUAUGUAGUUAGGACAUUCACUCUGGAAAGGAGGGGGUACAACGAGAUCCGUGAAGUUAAGCAGUUCCACUUCACCGGCUGGCCUGACCACGGAGUGCCGUACCAUGCCACAGGGCUCCUCUCCUUCAUCCGGCGAGUGAAGUUCUCCAACCCUCCCAGCGCGGGCCCCAUCGUCGUGCAUUGCAGUGCUGGUGCUGGACGAACUGGCUGUUACAUUGUGAUCGACAUCAUGCUGGACAUGGCUGAAAGAGAGGGUGUUGUGGACAUCUACAACUGUGUCAAAGCCUUAAGAUCUCGUCGUAUCAAUAUGGUCCAGACAGAGGAACAGUACAUUUUUAUUCAUGAUGCCAUUUUAGAAGCCUGUUUAUGUGGAGAAACUGCCAUACCUGUCUGUGAAUUUAAAGCUGCAUAUUUUGAUAUGAUUAGAAUAGACUCUCAGACUAACUCUUCACAUCUCAAAGAUGAAUUCCAGACCUUGAAUUCAGUCACCCCUCGACUGCAAGCUGAAGACUGCAGUAUAGCGUGUCUGCCCAGGAACCAUGACAAGAACCGUUUUAUGGACAUGCUGCCACCUGACAGAUGUCUGCCUUUUUUAAUUACAAUUGAUGGAGAGAGUAGUAACUACAUCAAUGCUGCUCUUAUGGACAGCUACAGGCAACCAGCUGCUUUCAUCGUCACACAAUACCCUCUGCCGAACACUGUGAAAGACUUCUGGAGAUUAGUGUAUGAUUAUGGCUGUACCUCCAUUGUGAUGUUAAAUGAAGUCGACUUGUCCCAGGGCUGCCCUCAGUACUGGCCAGAAGAAGGGAUGUUACGAUAUGGCCCUAUCCAAGUGGAAUGUAUGUCUUGUUCGAUGGAUUGUGAUGUGAUAAACCGGAUUUUUAGGAUAUGCAAUCUAACAAGACCACAAGAAGGCUAUCUGAUGGUACAGCAGUUUCAGUAUCUAGGGUGGGCCUCUCACCGAGAAGUGCCUGGCUCCAAACGGUCAUUUUUGAAACUGAUACUGCAGGUGGAAAAAUGGCAGGAGGAAUGUGAGGAAGGGGAAGGCCGGACCAUCAUCCACUGCCUAAAUGGUGGUGGGCGAAGCGGUAUGUUCUGUGCCAUAGGCAUUGUUGUUGAAAUGGUGAAGCGGCAAAAUGUCGUCGACGUGUUCCACGCAGUCAAGACGCUGAGGAACAGCAAGCCAAACAUGGUGGAAGCCCCGGAGCAGUACCGUUUCUGCUAUGAUGUAGCCCUGGAGUACCUGGAAUCUUCUUAG